ACCAUUAAGUUUCAAAGUCAACCCGUGUGGAGUGGGGAUAGCAGAACAGGUCUUCUUGAAUCGUGUAUCUUCAAUUGCUUCUCUGUCUGUUUUCCUUGAUCGGUCACCAUGAUUUCGAGGUCUCAUGGAACCUCAUCUGAACCAGAACAUGAUAAUACCAACACCUUCGUCCAUGACUUGAUGAUGGAAGAAACAGGGGAUGAAUUCUUUCAACCCAACAACAAUCAUCGAUAUCACCAUCGAAGAGACACCAAGGAUCAUAAAGAAUUGGGAUGGAUCUUCAUUCUCGCAAACCUCCUGCUAGAGAUCCUGGUGCUGGCUUUUGACCAAAUGGCCUUGCCGAAUCAGCCUCGAUAUGGUUUGAUAGUUUGGGGACUGUGUUCGGCAGUCAUGUUUGUCUGCAUCGCUGAGCUCAUUUUUAAGGGAAUGAUCAAGGAAAAGCUAAGUAUAUUGCAAUGCUUGAAAUCUCUGCUUCCUUUUUCUUCUCCUGGUGGUAAGAAACCUUAUGGCUUCGUGGAUGCUUUGAUCCUACUUGGUGCCAAGGUUCAAAUGGCUUUGGCGAGCAUUGGAUAUGCAUAUUUGCAUCAAGGUAAAGAGAAUCCAAUCAAAAUUUCUCUCGUAUCCAUUAUUUUCACGGUAUGUUAUGCCUUUUCUAAAUUACAUAAGAACCGGAAUGAAGCAAAUCUUCUUCCGGUUAGACAGGAGAAUUAAAGAUGGUUUGAAGAUGGUUCGGCAAUUGCAUAAACUAUGAGCACUAUACUUGUUCAUUUCAUGUCAUUCUUUAAUUUUUAUCUACAGCUCCUACUGUACCAAACACAGAUUCUAUUAUUGUCUUAAAAAAACUUCAUCAUUUAUGCCGUGUUUGAUAUUGACAUUAAUAUUGAUAUUGAUGCGAGAUUUGUUUCA